UUUGAAUGAUAAAAUUUGAUCAUAAUAACUUUUGAUAAAUCGUGCAGCAUAGAAAUUUCGUAAAUUACCAGUUCCAACUUUACAGUUGGCAAUUUUAUUAUUACUGCAAAAUUUUUGAUGUCACCUUUUUACAACAUACUAUUAAACAUCGAUAGGUAAAGCAAAUACUAUUAAAAACACAAUGCACACACGAAAAAAAUCACCAAUUUAGGUCGACGAAAGUCAAGUCAAAAGUUUGGAUUUUCUGAGUGAUUUUAUUAUUAGUUGUUUUAGGUAGAUUCAAAAAUGAAAUGGUGUAUGAUUGAUGACUACGACGUUGCCAACUUCAAAGGAUAUAAUUUGUCGAGCUUAAUUUUGGACCAAUAUUAUUUAAACAUAAAUGUUAGUUACUAUAAAAACAUUUUUUUAUAUACUCUUAAUAAGGAUUGUUAUGAGUGCCCCUAUCUUAUAACUGACUACUGUAUAGAUUUAAAUGAAGAAUGCAGCAAAGAUCUAACGAAAAAUAUCUUUAAUACACAUAUGACCUUCAGACUGGCAACAGAACGAAAAGAGUAUUUUCCCCAAGAUCAAACUGAAAAUGUAAUAUGUGAUAUCAAUAACGAAUUUGGACAAUUUGGUGUAUAUAAUGUAGAAGUUAACGAGUCCGGAUGUUUUGUAGAUGUUUUAAAACAACCUGUAAAUAUAUAUACACCAAUACUUACAGUUACUUUGAUAUGGAUUGUCGUAUUACUAAUGAUAUUUGGAGCUACAAAAAUUUGGAAAAAGUUGAUCUCAAAAGAGGAAUCUACGGAGGAAACUCAUGACGGUGUUAAUAAAAGAAAACAACGAAUUUUAUCUUUGGACACUUUUAGAGGAUUGACUGUAGUAAUAAUGAUCUUUGUCAACUAUGGUCAAGGGGGUUAUACAACAAUAGAACAUGCACGUUGGAAUGGACUACACGUUGCAGAUUUAGUGUUUCCGUCCUUUUUAUGGAUCAUGGGGGCAUGUAUACCAAUAGGAAUGAUAUCUAAUUUCAAAAAAUCAAUUUCAAAUAAAAAAAUCACGUUAAACAUAUUAAAGAGAUCAAUAAAAUUAUUCUGUUUAGGAAUAUUUUUGAAUGGCGGUUCCGAUUUAAAUUAUCUCAGAAUAUUAGGAGUGCUGCAAAGACUGGGCAUAUGUUAUUUUGUGACGUCGAUAAUUUGUUUGUAUUUAAUGAACAGAGAAGAUGAAGUCAAAGAAGAACAAAAUUGGCUGAGACAUAUAAAGGACUUAACGAAAUUGUAUAGAGGAUGGUUGGCAGUUAUUGGAAUUUUAAUUUUACACACCGUUCUGAUUUUCUCGAUUUCCGCUCCGAAUUGUCCAAGGGGGUAUAUGGGUCCAGGUGGCCUGCAUAAAAAUCGAUCUUAUGUAAAUUGUAUUGGAGGAGCAACGGGAUAUAUAGAUGGUCUAAUCCUAGGUAAUCAUAGAUAUCAAUAUCCUACAAUUUAUGAUACCUAUGAAGCUAAACCGUUUGAUCCCGAAGGCUUAGUAGGCUGCUUAACUUCAAUUUUCCAAACCUUUAUUGGAGUUCAGGCAGGUAUUACAUUAAUAAUAUAUAAAUCUCACUCGGAACGAUUGAUUAGAUGGUUAUCGUGGGCGGUAAUAACUGGUAUGUUUGGAGGAAUUCUCAGUGGAUUUUCGAAGGAAAACGGUAUAAUACCGGUAAACAAAAAUUUGUGGUCCUUAUCUUUUGUUAUGGCAACUUCAUGCUUUUCAUUUUUCAUGUUAAGUAUAUGUUACGUAUUAGUUGAUUCGAAAAAGUGGUGGCAUGGAAAACCCUUUAUAUAUGCUGGUCAAAAUGCAAUUCUGUUAUAUAUUGGACAUGAAUUAUUGGAUGGACAUUUUCCAGUUAGAUGGUACAUUCACAACUCGAGCAAUUUGACCGAGGAACCUCGAAGAACUCAUUUUUUAGCCUUAUUAUCUGACACAUGGGCCACAGGAUUUUGGAUUCUGAUUACUUACUAUUUGUAUAAAAUCAAAUAUUUUUUCACUAUUUAAUCUUUAAUAUUAUAUUCUCAAGAAAC